UUGGCCUGACGUGUUCCCAGUUCCUCGAUUUUCAUAUGAUGUCGAGUACAGGCUAGAAGCUGGAAAUGCAAUCUAUGAAAACAGUGGAAAGUUCUUGAAAUUAACAAAAGGCCAAAAACAUGACAUUCUCGAAAAUAUGGCCAAGGCAAUGCACAGCUUUAAGGCUUACCCCAGCGACAAAGAAGUAGCUAAAGCUGCUGAUGCUCUUGUUUCUCAGCACCCCUGCCUCAGAGAACCAGGAAGUCAAUGUGGUUGGUAUGGCUGGAAGACAAGUUUAAAGUUUAAGAUGGGCAACUAUCGCUUAAAACUCAGCAGAUCUGGUUGUGAAGAGGUGGCUGUGAACUCAGGAAAGAGAAGCCAAAGUAACCAAGAGAGUGAGUGUCCUCACUCAAACAUCAAAAAAGCUCGUCGAGCUGAGGUAAACUACCUACCCAAUUUUCCAAAAGGAGAGAAUGCUGAAAGCUUGGAAAAACAAAGAUUGCAAAUAAUUGAGGAAGUGUCUAAGACCGAAAGAAACCAUGGGCUGAUAGAGAGACUCAUGCAAAGUACCUUUGCUCUGCGUCGCAAACAGAUAGUGGUUGAUAACCCAUCACAACCAGUGAAGUCAUUUUUGGAAAAGUGGCCUGCUCUUCGUUUGGAAUCUCAGAUUGCUGCAGAAUUCCACAGAAUUACUAAUAUCAGUUUGAAGAACAAGUUCUAUGCAGAGCUGGACAAACAUACCCUUCAAUUGUUGGCUGUUUACAGGCAGAAGGCCGCCCGCACUGGCAAGGCAGCAGAAGCACUGAGAAGAAUCUUUAGUGCCUAUGAUCGUCUGGAGCCAAACGAUAUUAACAACAGACGUACAGCUGCACUUCGAGGCCUCCCUGUGUACUUGCGUGAAGAUGACUCUUUGUUUUUCAAGAUGUGGAAUACUGAAGAGGUGGAUGAGCCAGACAUUGCAGAUUCAGCCGUAGCUCUUGUCAGCAUGGUGAAUGGCGACUCAAGUUCCACUGUUCAGUUUGACCCUGCUGGGUUUGCCAUUGCGCUGGAAGGUGACAUUGUUCUGAGGGACAUUUGCAGGUUGGCUGAUGCUUUUCUUUUGAUGUUUGGUUUGAUAUAUGCAUUACAUCUCGACUAUCCAAAAGAGCUGACCCACACCUUCAACUUCAUCCAAAAAGUCCUACUAGGCUUGGUAGACUCAAAGCCACUUGCACCCAGGUUGCUGAGUCUAAAAAAUGAUCUCCUGAUUAAGGAGUAGGAGGAAUGGAUGUAUGUGCUCAGUACAAUGUAUUUUCUGUUCUUUUCCAUUUUUUUGACUAAUGUCGUUACACAAUUUAAACACUGAGCUGAAGGUUUGAAAAUUGUCAGUGACGUACAGAUUUUUACGUUCAUUUCAUUAUUCAUUGGGAUUGCAUUCCUGGAAAACACUAGCACCCAGAUUGCUGUCUAAAAAUUGUUUGUUUACUUCAGAGAUAUUCUGCAUCUCUGGAUGCAAAAGAGAUUUAUUAUUGAUAAAUAUUUAUUGACUUUGAUUUCAUUUGUUGUGACUAAUAUUGUCAUAGUCUGUUGUAAUACUUCUUAAAUGUUACAACUUUCCAGAACACAGAUUUUGUUCACUUGGUAUUUAAUGGGAUUGCAUUACUGAAAGCCACUAGCACAUACUAGUUACAUUCUACAGAGCUCAGGUUGUAAUGCAGAGCUCAGAAAACUGUGCCCUUUGUGCAAUGACUCUGAUUUCUUUUAAAAGACAACAGUGUAAA